AUGAAUUACCGAGAACGAGGCAAUAAAGCAUUCGCUGCUGGAGAAUUGGAGACCGCACGACAAGAGUAUACUAAAGGAAUUGAAGUUGAACCUGAAGACCCACGAUUAUGGUCAAAUCGUGCGCAAACCUUUAUUAAACUAGGGUAUCCUGAACUUGCAAUAGUUGAUGCCUAUAAUGCUCGUUCUCUCCUUGAACCAAAGCUCAUUAGUGGCAAAUAUGAUAACGCCGAUUUGACGUUACUUUGUAAAAGUGGAAGGAGAGAAGCGGAAGCAUUGGCCAAGUGUGAUGAAUUCAAUUUAGCGGCAAGUGCUAUGGAGAGACUAUUUCAAAUUGUUAAUAGACGACCAGUUGCAGGUAUUGAUUGGAACGCGUGGGAACGUGAAAGGGAUGAUUAUGUUCAAAAACAUUACCAAAUCACGAUGCUUUUGGAGAAUAUGGGAUCUGAUCGGCAUAUGUUGAUCGAACAAGUUGGAAAGAUAUGCAAGUUUCCAAAUCGUGGAGCUUACCCGUGGGACAUUCGUAAUCAAGAGCGAUGUACCUUAGAAAGUCUCGCUCCUGUUCAGAAACUCUUGGAAAAAUUACCUGGAAAGGGCAUCAAAGUUUCAUUAGUUAGCUUUCCUGGUACAUCGCAAGCACAGGAAUUCGGUAUGACUGCAACAGAGUAUAUAAAAAAAGGAACCAUCUUACUUGAAGAAAAACCAUUUGUUACAGUUCAUGCUCCUGCGAAUUGUUCUGAAAUCUUUUGUAAUCAGGAUUGCUUUAACAAAGCUUGGAAUUUAUACCAUCGUGUUAUCUGUGGGAAAAGUCUUGAAAUGUUGUAUUUAAUAGUGAAUCAAGAAUCUAGAUCUUCUGGUUCUACGCUUUUAAUUAUUCUCAAAAUCUUUGCCAUUGCCAAGCAACGAGAUAUUUGUCCCUUGGAUAUUGGAGAGAUCAAGCACCUUUUUCCAUUCCAACAUUCUACUGCAUGGUUUCAACAUGGACCUAUAGCCAUCACCUUCUAUUUUGAAUUAAUGAAAUUAUUGGAAAUUCCCAGUUUCGAUUUAAGAUUUGAACCAUGGAUCUUUCUAACAAUUUAUAGGAAGACCAAACCCAAUGCUGCUUUUACAAAUCCUUUGACAUCAACAGGACAAUUUUACCCUAUAAUCUCACUUUUCAACCAUCAUUGCGAUCCAAAUGCCCGAACUGAUGACGAUACAUCUAGAUCAAUUCAACGUGGAGAACCAUUUUCGUUUGGUACGACUUUGUCAACACGAGUCGUUGCAAUCCGUAAUAUAAAAAAAGGAGAUCAAAUAUUUUUUAAUUACACGUUAGGACAUGACUUGAGCGCAUUGAAAAAGGUCGGUAACACGGAUAUAGAUAUGUAUUACUCAAAGCUUAGGCACUCGUUCCUUUCUCGUUCAGCUUACACGCUUGGAAAUCGUUUGGGUUUAAAUGCAAAUUUUCAAUACAUUACUUCUCGAGCUCAAAGGUUAGAUAGCUCCAAGGUUCGAGGAAAUGUGAUUGGUAUCGAUUUAGGAACAACUAAUAGUUGCGUAGCAGUUAUGGAAGGAAAGACACCUCGCGUAAUUGAGAAUUCUGAAGGAGGUCGUACUACACCAUCUGUUGUUGGCUUCACAAAAGAUGGUGAAUUAUUGGUUGGUUUACCUGCUAAACGUCAGGCUAUUGUAAAUCCAGAAAAUACAUUCUUUGCUACAAAGAGAUUGAUUGGUCGUCGAUUUAAAGAUCGUGAAGUACAACAAGAUAUAAAUCAUGUUCCUUAUAAAAUUAUUGAACAUUCAAAUGGUGAUGCAUGGUUAGAAUCUCGAGGAAAGAAAUAUAGUCCUGCACAAAUAGGUGCUUUUGUUGUUGGUAAAAUGAAAGAUACUGCAAGUGCUUAUUUGGGAAAAUCUGUGGAUAAUGCGGUCAUCACUGUUCCUGCAUAUUUCAAUGAUUCUCAACGUCAAGCUACUAAGGCUGCUGGACAAAUUGCAAAUCUUAAUGUAUUGCGUGUGAUCAAUGAGCCUACUGCUGCUGCACUUGCUUAUGGUCUAGAUAAAGUUGGUGAUAAAAUUAUUGCAGUCUAUGAUUUGGGUGGUGGCACAUUUGAUAUUAGUAUAUUAGAAAUUCAAAAAGGAGUUUUUGAAGUGAAAUCAACGAAUGGAAAUACACAUUUGGGUGGUGAAGAUUUUGAUAGCACAUUGGUUAAACAUUUGGUUGAUUCAUUUAAAAAGGAGCAAGGAAUAGAUUUAUCAAAGGAUAACAUAGCUAUUCAGCGAAUUCGCGAAGCAGCUGAAAAAGCUAAAAUUGAACUUUCAUCUACUAUACAGACAGAUAUAAACCUUCCAUAUAUUACUGCUGAUGCUACUGGACCUAAGCAUAUCAACAUUAAGCUUACUCGUUCUACAUUCGAAGCUCUUACAAAAGGACUUGUUGAUAAAACUAUUGAUCCUUGUAAGUUAGCUUUGAAAGAUGCCAAUGUCGAAUCAAAAGAAAUCAGCGAAAUUAUACUGGUCGGUGGUAUGACACGAAUGCCAAAGGUUAUCGAAACGGUUAAAGCAUUAUUUGGUCGUGAACCUUCAAAGAGCGUAAAUCCCGAUGAAGCCGUCGCUAUCGGAGCCGCUAUUCAGGGUGGUGUACUUGCUGGAGAAGUUACAGAUAUUCUAUUAUUAGACGUAACGCCACUUUCACUAGGAAUUGAGACUCUUGGUGGUGUAUUUUCUCGACUCAUUAAUCGAAACACAACAAUUCCUACCAAAAAAUCGCAAGUAUUUUCAACUGCCGCAGAUGGUCAAACAAGAGUUGAAAUUAAGGUUUAUCAGGGUGAAAGAGAAUUAGUUCGUGAUAAUAAGUUACUAGGUAACUUCCAAUUAGGAGGAAUUCUACCAGCUCCUAAAGGAGUCCCUCAAAUUGAAGUGACAUUUGAUAUUGAUGCCGAUGGCAUAGUAAAUGUUUCUGCUCAAGAUAAAGCUACUGGCAAAGAUCAAUCAAUUACCAUUGCUGCUUCUUCUGGUUUGAGUAAGAAUGAAAUUGAGAAAAUGAUCCUUGAAGCUGAACGUUUUGCUGAUGCAGAUCGUGAAAAGAGAGAACUUAUCGAAUCAUCUAAUCAUGCAGAAUCUGUAAUUAAUGAAACCGAAAAGAAUAUAGAAGAAUAUAAGGAUCAAUUGGAUUCAACAGAAUCUGAAAAUAUUAAAUCACAACUUCAAUCAUUAAAAGAAAUUGUAGCAAAAGCACAAACUGGGGAAGAUACUAAUAUCAAGUCAGAAGAUAUUAAAGCCAAAGUUGGUGAAGUACAAUUAGCUAGUUUGAAAUUAUUUGAAAUGGUAUAUAAAAAGCGAGAAUCGGAAAAAAGUGGAAGUGGUAAUAAUGAAAGUAGCGGUAAUAAUGAAGCUGAAUUUCGAGAUGUUAAAAAGGGUGAUGAUAAAGAAUAA